GUGUUUUUGACUUUUGAGCAACACGAGACAGAACAAGAACAUGAGAAUCAUGUGGAAUCAGCACCUGUGACUGUAACGAGCAAGAUAACCUUUGCACUUGCAGAGCCAAGCCAACCAUGGCUCUCAACCUCACACCUUCUUCCUACUUUCACCCUUUCAUUUCACACCAAAUUCACUUUCAUACUCUUUCAAAACCUUUCUUUCUCUCACACUCCAAAACCUCAACCUCGUCACUCUCCAAAACCCUAUUAUGUCUUUGUGCAUCACCAUCCAACACCUCCCACCCUUCACCAACCCCCAUUUUCCUCCCAUAUCUUCAACAACAAGAACCAGAAAAUCGUGAAAAAGAGGGAAUAGAAACAAUAGUAGAAGAACAACAAGAACAAGAACAUGACCCAGAUGAUCCAAUCUACAAAUUCUUCAAAACCCGCACUCGGUUUUCUUCCCAAGACCCUGGAAAAGAAGGAAAAUUAUCCCUUCAGAAGAACCGUCGCAUCUCAUGGCACCUUGCUUCUGACCUUGUUGAAGAAGAGCCUGAAAAGGGUUUGGUUGAAGAGAAGGAAGAAACAGUGUUUCAGAAGAAGAAGGUUUUGCCUUUGCCUUUGCCUGAGGGCAUUGUGGGAGAGAUCGUUCAGCUUGCAAGGAACUUGACACAAAAUCUAACUCUGGAGGAGGCUUUGGCUGAGUAUGAAGGAAGGGUUAGUGAGAAAGAUUGUUGGGAGGUUUUGAAAUUACUUGGGGAGGAGCAACUUCUGGUGUGUUGUUUGUAUUUCUUUCAGUGGAUGAGGUCGCAGGAACCUUCACUUGUUACACCUCGGGCUUGCACUGUGUUGUUUCCAUUGUUGGGGAAAGCAAGGAUGGGUGAUAAGUUGAUGCUUUUGUUCACAAAUUUGCCAUCCGGCAGGGAGUUCAGAGAUGUUCAUGUUUACAAUGCCGCAAUUUCAGGCCUUCUUUCUAGUGGCAGGUGUGAAGAUGCUUGGAAGGUGUAUGAGUCAAUGGAAGCAGAUAAUGUUCUUCCAGAUCAUGUGACAUGUUCUAUUAUGGUUAUCGUUAUGAGAAAACUUGGCCAUAGUGCAAAGGAUGCAUGGCAAUUUUUUGAGAAAAUGAAUGGAAAAGGAGUCAAAUGGGGUGAAGAAGUCCUAGGUGCACUAAUAAAGUCAUUUUGUGUUGAGGGUUUGAUGAGUGAAGCUCUCAUCAUCCUAUCUGAACUGGAGAAGAAAUGGGUUUCUUCAAAUGCAAUUGUGUACAACACCCUGAUGGAUGCAUAUUGUAAAUCCAAUCGUGUAGAAGAAGCUGAAGGCCUCUUUAUUGAGAUGAAAACUAAAGGGAUUAAGCACACUGAAGCUACGUUCAACAUUCUAAUGUAUGCAUACAGCAGAAAAAUGCAACCUGAGAUUGUAGAGAAGCUGAUGGCUGAAAUGCAGGAUGCUGGCUUGAAGCCAAAUGCCAAAUCAUAUACUUGUCUAAUCAGUGCAUAUGGGAAGCAGAAAAAUAUGAGUGACAUGGCUGCAGAUGCAUUCUUGAAGAUGAAGAAAGACGGUAUUAAACCAACUUCACAUUCUUAUACAGCUCUGAUCCAUGCAUAUUCAGUUAGUGGCUGGCAUGAGAAAGCUUAUGCAGCAUUUGAAAACAUGCAAAGGGAAGGCAUUAAACCUUCCAUAGAAACCUACACUGCUUUACUAGAUGCAUUUAGACGUGCCGGUGACACCCAAACAUUGAUGAAAAUAUGGAAGUUGAUGAGGAGGUACAAGGUUGAAGGAACACGUGUCACAUUCAACACUCUUGUUGAUGGUUUUGCUAAACAUGGUCACUACAAGGAAGCAAGAGAUGUAAUAUCUAAGUUUGCAAAUGUUGGAUUGCACCCAACAGUGAUGACAUACAAUAUGCUGAUGAAUGCAUAUGCACGAGGAGGGCAACACUCAAAGCUGCCAGAGUUGUUGGAAGAGAUGGCAGCUCAUAACUUGAAGCCAGAUUCUGUAACUUAUUCAACUAUGAUAUAUGCCUUUCUCCGUGUUCGAGAUUUUAGCCAGGCAUUUUUUUAUCACCAGGAGAUGGUCAAGAGUGGGCAGGUGAUUGAUUUCAAUUCUUACCAGAAGCUUCGGGCGAUUCUGGAUGCUAAAGCUGCAAUUAAAAACCGAAAGGAUAGGAGAUCCUUGAUUGGUGUAGUUAGAAAUAAGAUGGGUGUUGUGAAACCGAAGAGAAAAAAGGAUGAGUUAUGGAAGUACAGGAAAAGACAUGUUAAACAAAAGUAGUUCUGAUAUUAGUGUAAAGUAAGUUAUAGAUGCAUUGACUCGGAAGGAUUGUAAAUUUGUAAGUUCAAUUUUGACCGAUGUUUUAUUUCUCUAAAGACAAAUGGUAACCAGUGUGGUUAAAGUA